AAUGAGUGUUUAUUGUAUCAUAAAUGAGUGUAAACCACUCCAUACGCCAUCGCCAUAUUAAUCUAUUCCUGCCCUCACCUCGAAUAACUAACUCCUAACCCAACAUCAUAUUCAUGAGCCUGAAAACCCAUCUUCCCAACCCUCACAACCAACAAUCACAACACAAAUGGAGAUCAAUACCGAUGAUCGGAAAGACUCAAACCCAGUGGUCCUCGUCACGGGUUGCACCGGAGGAGGCAUAGGCCACGCGCUUGCACGGUCCUUCGCCGCCAACAGCUGCAAAGUAGUGGCCACCAGCCGAUCGCGUUCCACCAUGGCAGACUUGGACGACGACCCCAAAUUCUUCCUGCAAGAACUCGAUGUUCAGUCCGAUGACAGCGUGAACAGAGUCGUUGAAAAUGUUGUGAAUAAAUUCGGCCGUAUUGAUAUUCUCGUCAAUAACGCCGGUGUUCCGUGUGUUGGUCCACUCGCCGAGGUUCCUCUAUCUACCAUUCAAAACACCUUUGAAACCAAUGUCUUUGGUUCGUUGAGAAUGAUUCAGGCGGUGGUUCCUCACAUGGCAGCUAGGAAACAGGGAAAGAUUGUGAAUGUUGGCAGUGUUAUAGGAAUGGCCUCUGGACCUUGGUCGGGUGCUUACGGUGCUUCUAAAGCCGCUCUUCAUGCGUUGACAGAUACGUUAAGAUUGGAACUUGGUCAUUUUGGAAUUGAUGUUGUGAAUGUUGUCCCUGGAGCUGUGAAGUCAAAUAUUGGAAAUUCUGGUAUAUCCAUCUACAACAACAUGCCAGAGUGGAAACUGUUCAAGCCAUUUGAAGCAGCAAUCAGAGAGAGAGCUCUAUUUUCUCAGAGGUCGAGAUCAACCCCUACAGAUGAGUUUGCUAAACAUACUGUUGCGGCUAUCCUUAGAAAGAAACCACCAGCAUGGUUCUCAUAUGGUCAUUAUACUACUGUCAUGGCUAUUAUGUACCAUUUGCCUCUUUGUGUUAGAGACUUUCUUUAUAAGAAAGCAAUGAAAUGCUGAGCUAAACUUGCAUCUACCUAUCCUUAUGGAGAUCUCAAUCAAUAAAUUUCUAGUAUUCCACUUAA